ACUUAAAAAAUACUUCAUGAUUAAACACUGUGCAGGACAAACACAGUGCAUUAUAUGCUUCAUGGAUGUCAUCAUAAGCACCCAAUGGAUGGUCUGCGCCUUGUUUUCCCCCCUGCCGCAACUGCUAUUCUAUGCGUUCCAUUUUGGGGUUUAAUUAGGCUUAUGUCAACCCCUGCUGCCACUCCUGCUAUAUUCUCCGGUAGCUUACUCGGAUAUGUGAUUUAUGAUUGCACCCAUUACUAUCUCCACCAUGGAUCACCUUCCAACCUACCAGUUAAAAAUCUCAAGCGUUAUCAUCUUAAUCAUCACUUCAGAAUUCAGACCAAAGGGUUUGGGAUCACAUCUUCAUUGUGGGAUGUUGUGCUGGGAACAUUGCCACCACCACUGAAAAUUCAGAAGAGUGGCUGAUUCUCUUUACUUAAAGGUUGGGAUAAUUGUUCUUGAUUGAACCUGAUUCAUCUAAUUUAUUUACUUUUGAUUUAAUAUUUUUUUUGACCAUAUGUUAUGAUCGAUUUAUACAAUAUGUUUGUCUUGAUUCUAAUGUGUUGAG